AUGAAGGUCUCACUAAGCAUCGCCGCCUUCCUCGGCGCCCUCCUCGCCACCGCCGCACCGGCCGACCUCAGCGGCGCCGUGGCCGACCUGUCCAACAGCGCGCUCCCGCCCGUGCUGACCAGCUCCGCUGCGGACAAGGUCGAGCCCCCCACCGAGAAGAGCGUCAGCGGCAGCAAGACCGGCCCGCCCGUGUGCGGCACCUGCCACGAGGGCACCAAGCAGUGCUGCGGCCUGCUGGUGGCCACGGGCGCCUACGGCUGCUACAACCAAACAUGCACCGUAGCGCAGCAGCAAAAGACGGGACCCAAGAAUCAGGCCCUGCUCCAGGGACUUCGCGGCGGCGGCGGCAACGCGACCAGGGCGGCAGACAACUCGACCGUGCACACUGUGAAUCUGACGACGGUGCUGGACAAGGUCACGCUGAGCCCGUUGGCUCUGCCGUGA